AUGGCUACUCAGAAAAAGUAUGUAUGUGCUUUUUGCACCAGAGCAUUCACAAGGUCUGAGCAUAAGCAAAGACACGAGCGAUCUCAUACCAACGAAAAGCCCUUUCACUGCAUGCAUUGUACUUCUGCAUUUGUAAGAAGAGACUUGUUGCAGAGGCAUUGUCGUACAGUUCAUAAUAUUCAGUUGAAGCAGACCGUUGCUGGAAACCAUAAUGGAUCCAGUUCCAAUAGUAGCGAGGGAGCAAAUGGGCCUUUGAACUCUUCGCAAAAUAGUUCUUCAAGCAGCACAUCACAGAAGUCCCCGAUGGCAGUAAAUCAUAGUAAUUUGAUUCCUUUGCUUUCAAUAACUAAAAAACUCGAAUCUUUGCUCAUUAGUUACGAUUCGGAUAUAGUGAAUAACACCGACAUAAAAAACAACUUUUUAAUAGGAUACACGAUAUUGAUGUCCAACAAAGAAUAUCCAAUCUUUGAAUCCAUAAGCAAAGAUUUGAUACAUUUCUUGAACUCCAAUAUAGCGGGGGUCAAAACUGUGGAUUUUAAAGUUUGCUUAUUAUACUCAGUUUUGGCUAUUGGAUAUGCUAACAAUAAUAACUAUAAACAGUACAACGACUUUAUUAAUAAGGGAUGGUCACUACUUAUUUCGAAAUUGAUCCCAAAUUACAAUGAUAAUUUCAACUUGAUUGACCAAAUAGAGAUUUUAAAUGAUUUAUUUCUUUUCGCUUACACUUUCUUGACUUACGCGCCAAUGGAUCAUAAUCAAACUUUUACUGCAAAUUGUGAUUUAGUAUUUCAUUAUUUGGAUGAAGUAAGCUAUAUGGUGAUGACAAAUUUGACCACUAAGACAGAAGUACUAAUAAACUCGAACAUGGGCUUGUUUUGGAGCAUGUAUGUCCUAUUGUCAAGAUACUCAAUGCAUGGUGUUCCUCCCAAAUUUUACAAACUAUUCCUUAAUAAACAGAUAGAUGGUGUUGAAUUGUCUAAAUUCAUGGAAAAUUAUUCUAAAUCAAUAAUGAAUUUGAAUAGCAACUUUGUCAAACAAAUUGUUAUCUUGACUCUUUCAAAUGAAUUGAACUUAUUCAUUCAUUUCCAAAAACUUUUCAUUUUUGAAUCUAAAAACACAUUACACAACUCCAUUAUAUUGGUGAACAAAUCCAUUAAUCAGGUAACUCUGAACAAUGAACUUUUUGAUCUUUUUAAGAAAAAAUUGAUUGUCAAUAGCCCCUUGAAAUUUCACGAGUUAUUGAAUAUUUAUGUAUUCAACCCUACCAAUCUUCUUAACUGGGAUCUCCUUGUCAUCUCCUUAAAAGAGUUCAAUUAUCCAUUUGAUUUCAGUAGGUUUUUGACGUCAUACAUAAAUGAGCAAAAUUUUGAUACAUUUUAUGUUAACUUGCAGCCAUUUUUCGAGCAUCAUGAUAUUAAGAACAAUCUUGUAAUUGUCAGUUUUCCCUUGAUAUUUAACUUGCAAUUUUUGUCAAUUUCAAAUCAAGAGUUAAAAAUUAUUGAUUUUUCUAAAUAUUCAUUCAAGGAUAUAGAUAAUUUGAGAUGCCUAAUAAUCGAGUGGUAUGCCACAAUGAUUAAAACAAUUAUAUGGCUUUUUAAAACCCAAGAGUAUAGUUUUAUUUUACAAAACUUGGUAUAUCUUAUCCUUGAAAAAAAAUUUGACGAAUUUAAGUUAGAAGAAAAGUGGUUUUGGUGCUUGAAGCAGAAAUUUGAUUCCUUUUAUAAUCUUUGGAUGGGUCAAUUAAAUCUGAGCUCAAGUGGAAUCUCAACAUUUAACACAAAUUUAAAUACAUUUAUAUCCAAGCUUGUCAAGGAAAGUUUAAAUUACGUCGAUGAGUCAGCGAUUACAAUGCCACCUAUACCAAGUCAGAGAUCAAAUUCGAUUUCUCUUGGUUCAUUAUAUUUAUCCCGGUCACCCAAUGGAUUAUACCCCAAGCCGUUAUCGACGAAUUCAUCAUUGUCACUGUCAGGAAAGGAUAAUAAUAUACCCAUGCCAUCUUAUACAACAAUGCAGCCAUACAACCAAUUGCCUCAUCUCCAGUUCUCCAACUACAUUGGUAAGCAUUUCAACAAGAAUGAGAUUCUUUUUCCACCAUUAUUCAAGGGACAUUUUGGCACCUAUCAAAAUAAUUUGAAUUCAGUGAUACCAGGCAAUGAAGAUACGUAA